UUCGAACCAAUUGCAGAUACUUCCGCCUUGUUUAUCGUUGAGCAGAUUGACAGGUAUCGAAGAAUAUUAUUUUAUUAGAAUGAAAGAUACUCAGCAAUGCAGUAAAGAAAACAAGAUGAAAGUGAAAAACGAAGAAAACCAAGCAGUCGCCGCAGAAAAAGAAAACCAAGCAGAUUCUUUUGAGAAAAAGAACAAUCUUUCUGGCAUAACCAUGACUAAAGAAGAAAAUAAAGAUAAAAAAGAAGUGAAUUGUCUGGGGGAUAAUUCAGUUGCAGUGAAUUGUAAGGAAGAGAAUCCAGCUGUAGUGAAUUGUAAGGGAGAUAAUCCAGCUGAAGUGAAUUGUAAGGGAGAUAAUCAAGUAACUGUGAAUUGUAAGGCAGAUAAUCAAACUACAGAAAGAAAAAUAUCAAAUCAGGAUUUGGAUGACCUGACCAGUAAAGUUAGUGAUAUACAGAUAGCUGACAAAAAAGAAGUUGUUGUUGGCAGACAGAAUACUGUUGAGGAAGAUACGAAGAGACCAAGGAACCAGACAUCACUAGAUAAUGAUGAAGAGGUGCACAAAAGGGAAGGUGCAUUAACAGCCAGAGGCCCAAAUGGGGGACGUGCCAGUUCAUAUGAUAAUUCUGCCAACAAUUUUUAUAGCCAACAGCCAGAAUAUAAAAUUGGAAGUAGUAAUAAACGUGGAUUCAACGAUGAGACUGAACCAGCCAAAUAUUACAAACCUGUUGUUGACUACUUCCCAUCACAGUCUCAUGUCAACGUAAAGCAGCUUGGUGGUGGUACCGUUACAUUGAAGACCCCACCGGUCCAGCAUCAUAAUGACCCUCCAUACACAUUUGACAGUAUACCCGAUGGGGGAGAUUUAAUUGAUGCUCUGUUGGCAGAGCAAGCACAAAACAUGAGGACAGAUUUCACAAGUAAUAUACCAGUUAAUAUGGAAUCUACAAAUAUUUUCUCUCCCAAACAUGUGAAAGAAGAGAAUGUGAUUAUUGAUGAGAACAGCAGUAGUCCCUACACUAACGGUGGUCCACCAUCUAAUCAGAGUGACAGUGGUAUCAGUGGCAUGAGUUAUGGGAGUCCAUAUCAGAACCUAAGUUCUCCCCAGUCUAAUGCCUCCCCACCACAUGUACCAGAGAUGGGAUAUUCACCGGUGGCCCCACAAUAUUCAGAUGUACUAGACCUCAUGGAUCCUAUACUAGGGCGGGAAGAAGACUUCCAAGAUGUUCAGAAAAUGAUCGCAGCUGAUUUGUUAAGAGAGAAUAAACCUUCUGGUCGAGUUAGGGAACAGAUAAGACCUGAGAUAUCCCACAACCAUAUGAUGGCUAAUCAGAUGAACUUGAUAAAUAUCAAACCUCAGCCUCAACAGCAACAACAACAACAACAACAACAACAGCAACAACAGCAACAAAAGUUCCAGAUGAAUACACAACAUUGUCAAAUGCCCACUCAUAACACAAUUCAGCAACAGGCAACCAUUUUUGGACAUCCACCGAUGAGUACCAAUAACAUUAUCCUACCGCCAUGUUCUCAGCCGUCAGCUGUUGUUCAUCCUGUGAUGAUGCCUCAAGGUCCCAUCCCCAUUGGACCAGUCACACCGUUCACUCAGCCACAGAUCAUCAUCAUACAACCAGGGCCUAUUCAGGCUCAGAGGAGACCAGCUUUACGUAAUAUUGCACCCAAAACAGAUAAACAGACAAACAAAAAGCCAGUACAAGGACCUGUGGCAAACAAAGGACAAAAACAGCCUCCAAGACCUGAUCCAUUACCUGUGAUGCAGGUCAGACCAACACCCUCACAGAUACCAAACAAUGCACAACAAAGACCACCAAAUAAUCAAAAUAAUGCUCAGAAAAGAAAUUUGUUAAAUAUAGCCAGAAGAAUGGUGGCUGAGAUUCCAUCAGAGCAACUGCGACAUCAGGAUGAUGAAGGAGACACGUAUCUUCAUGUAGCAGCAUGUAAAAGUGACCCUAAUCUGAUACAGUCAUUGUUGGAAAGAUUAAACCGAGAACAAAUGGAUUGGUUGAUAGAUUUGGAAAAUAAGAAACGUAUGACACCAUUAUAUCUUGCUGUGUUGGGAAAUCAACCAGAAAUGGUGGAAAUAUUUCUCAAAAACAAUGCAGACCCUAAUGCUCUAGCACAGUCUGCAUCAUCACCAACAGAAGGGAAAUCUCUAGAAGUGAAGGCACCAAUACAUGUGGCAUCUGCUGGUGGGGAAGAAAGUUUACCUACUCUUAAAAAACUACUCAGUGUUAAAGACAUCGCACUUAACAUCUAUAACUCAGAAGGCCAUACAGCAUUACAUACAGCUAUUAUUGCUCAUGGGACAAAAAGACAGAAUGGAAGUUAUAUUAACAGUUUAAACACUAUUGAAGCUCUGAUUAAAGCAGGUGCAGAUCCUAAUUCACAGGACAAGAAAAGUGGUAAAACUCCUUUAAUGUAUGCUAUAGAGAAAAGAGACUGUAUUCUUAUUGAAAAAAUGUUAAGACUCUUCGAUCCAAAGAAGUUACGCAAUGUCAUCAAAUCAUCAACAUUCGAUGGAAGUAAUUGUCUGAAAAUAGCUGAAGGACGUAAAUCUGAAUUUAACCCUCAAGAAUGGCAAAGAUUGUGGGACUUGUUAAACAAGGCAUGUACUGGAGAAUUACCGCGGACAGUAAUGUUAGGGUAUUGAGUGAUCUCGCAUAAAACAUGGCCAUGGACACAAAUAAUGGCUAAGUGUAAUUAAUGAUGUCUCGUUUAACAUAAAGUUUAUAGAAGAGAUAUUGGCUGACAUUGCGACAGAAAUAUAUUAAUCUUACACUAAACAUGUUAAUUCAGAUGUCGUAUUGAACACUUAGUGCAUAUUGGAGAAGCAAUUUCAGCGAUAUUGAUAUUAUAUAAUGGAACAUCUUAUUCAUAUCAACGUAAUAAAAGUCUCCAAGUCAUGAAAUAUUCAGAACUUUGCCGCCCUUAUAUAACAAGUGAAGGUGUCUUUUAGUACUUGUGUGCUUUGAUUAUGAAAGAAGAUGGCAGCAGUUCUAAUUGUGAUUAGUUGACCUUGACAUUGUAAAUGUUAUUGUUGUAUUAGUUAUUAAUGUUACCGUCCCUUGUUUUGUUUUAUUGUUGGGUUAUUGGAUUAAAGUUAACAGUGUUAUAUUCAAAUCAAAAUACAAACAGACAGAAAGAUAUUAGAUGGUGUAUAUAUAUUAUGGAUUUGUUAUUUAAAAAAGGGGGAUUCAGUAAUUAAGUGGUCUAAAAAGUUAACCUACAGGGAUUACAAGUUACCCAAGUCUGGUGUUAGUUAACUAUGGACUCUUUAAGCGGCCUGAAGCACCAACACAUUCUCCAGAUUUCUUGGUAGUAGAUAAUCCACUGAUUUUAUUGUUAACAAAACAAACCAACUUUUCUUUAGACUUCUAUGCUAAAUUUAUGGAAUAAUUAAAUUCAAAUAUCGAUGAAGAUAGAAUAAUCUAUUAUAAGUAUAUGAAUCUACAAUUUCAUGAUAAUAUAUAGAACAGAAUCAUGUAAGAAUUAAAUGUGAAAAAAUAAGAAGUUGGCAUAAUAUAUUAUCUUUGAUCAUUGUUUUUAUUUGCCAAAGAUGUGAAAGACUUUUA